UCAUCCAGCAACCUCUUUGUCGUCACCCUUAACCCCAACCUCACACUUCCACCAUUAAUGGCAUCUUCCUCCUCAAUCCAUUUCCCAUAACCCAAAAGCCAUGCCCUCUUCUUGGUUUUCUCUCUCGCUUCCUAAUCCCUUCAACUCCGACGACGACCAAACAUCCCCUCCUCACUCCCCCACCUCCAAACCAGACUUCUCCCUCAUCACCCAAACCAUCGGCCGUCAACUACACAACGUUGCUUCCUUUCUCGCUCCACCACCACAACCUUCUUCUUCAACUCCGCCACCGCAGUUUCAUGAUUCCGGCGAUGUUUCUACUUCACCUUACGGAGGUAUCAAGAACGAUCUGGCUGAAAUUGGCGGUAGCUUCAAGAUCGGCCUCUCUCUACUGUCAUCCAAUAAGGCGGUGAGUGAAAUUUCUAAAUUCGCUUCCAAUUUGCUUCAAUUUGAUAAAGGGGGUGAUGAAAUUGAAAUUGAGGCUGUGGGGAUUACCAAUGAUGUUGUUGAUUUCGUUCAAGAGAUUUCUCUUCGCCCUGAAUGUUGGAUUGAUUUCCCUUUAUCUCUACAACACAAAGAUUUUAAUAUAUCAAAGGGUCAGAAAGAUCAUGCCUCAGCCAUAGAAGAGUUGGUCCCAAGUCUCACUACUUUGAGGCAUAAAGUUCAGAGUUACAUGAGUGAACAAGAGUUUUGGGUGAUCUAUUUUAUUCUAUUGCUUCCUCGGUUGAAUGAGGACGAGUGUAGGCUUCUAUCAACACCAGAGAUUGUUCAAGUGCGCGAGGUACUUCUGCAGAAACUGAGAAAGAAGAAUGCACCCAUGGAGUUUUCAGAGACGGAAAAUCCAAGAGAACCUGAAAAUAGAAACUCAUCCGAAAAGGGUUUUCAGGUAAAUAGCAGUGAGCGAAUCAAGAUUUCAGGCGACACUUCUGCAAAUAGGAUGAAAACCGAAAAUAAUGAGAAUUGCGAGUUGUCUGAACAACACCAUGAGGAUGAUGUCUCUUUUAGUGAUCUAGAAGAUGAAGAUAAUGAUCUUUCUGGUAGAUUAUCGGGAAUUAGACAAACACAAAGCAGCAACCUUUCUUCGGCAAGUGAAAGUGGCGACUGGAUUCGUCUUAAUGAGACACAGGGUGGUGAACGAAAAGCAAGAACUCACGAAAGACGUUCAGAAAGUGAAGGGUCAAGUGAUUGGCUCACUGUUGAAGAUGUUGAUCUUUAGGACAUCGACCCAGUAAAAGUUUAUCAUUUUCUUGAAUCUUAGCUAAUCACGUCUUUCCCUUUAUGGGUGUUUCAUGUUCUGAUAUGGUACAUUUGGGCUUUUGUUCAUAUAGUCAGUAGGGUGCGUAAAUGCACGUUGUAAAUAUCGAUCCAUCACUCAGGGUUUUAUAUCUAUUUUAUAGGUCAAUGCAUUUACAUUUUGGUCAUGU